UCUUCCUUGCACUGCAAGUGGGCUGGUCUGGAUGACCCCGGGAUCCCUUUCCCACUCGACCUCCCCCUGAGGCCCAUUCGGGGACGCCUGGCCGCUCUCCCUUCCCACUUCCCCUGAAGCCACACAGCCGGCCUCCUCAGUUGGAGCGGGCGGGGAAAAGGGAGCCGAGGAGGCCGGUGGGAGGAGACGCGCCGCCGCCGGUUGCCGAGCGAGCUUUUCCCGCCACCUCCUGACGCGAUCACGGGGCGCUGCCGCGGGCCUGGCCAAGCAGCUCCCGGAGGCCGUGGCCCCUGCACCAUGCCCGGGCCGCGGGAGAAGACGCUCCUCCCCGGCUUGCAAGGCCUCCGAUAGAGGAGCCUGUACGAGGAGGCCCGUCUCUUUCCCUUUCUCCUCCUUUCCUUUCUCGGCUUACGCGGCCGAGCCCCGCCUCUCAGCCGGGCUGGGCGGAGGCAGAGCCCGCCCGGCACCAUGUGCUGAAGGCGCUGGGUGCUGGCCGAGCCCAGCCGCGUCUCCCUCUUCCCCUUCCUCCUCCUGCCGCUGCUGCUGCGCUUGCGAGGGACCCAGCGCGGCCCGAUGGCCACUGAGGCGGCGGCGGGGCCCAGCGCCCGCCUGCCUUCGUCGCCCGCGCGGAGGGACUUCUACUGGCUCCGCUCGCUUGUCGCCGGAGGUGUUGCAGGAUGCUGUGCCAAAACAACCAUUGCUCCAUUGGAUCGAGUAAAGAUUUUGUUACAAGCUCAUAAUCGUCAUUACAAAAAUCUUGGCGUGAUCUCUACAUUGCGUGCUGUUCCCAAAAAGGAGGGCUACCUGGGAUUCUAUAAAGGAAAUGGAGCAAUGAUGAUUAGAAUAUUUCCAUAUGGUGCAAUUCAGUUUACAGCAUUUGGCCAGUAUAAACAGAUGAUAAAGCAGAAGCUUGGCAUUUCUGGGCAUAUUCACCGGUUAAUGGCUGGAUCCAUGGCAGGUAUAACUGCAGUAAUUUGCACUUAUCCUCUUGACAUGGUGAGAGCACGUCUGGCAUUCCAAGUAAAAGGGGAUCACACAUACACUGGAAUUAUUCAUGCAUUCAAGACCAUUUAUACAAAGGAAGGUGGUUUGCAAGGAUUUUAUCGUGGGCUUACGCCAACAGUUGUAGGAAUGGCUCCAUAUGCAGGUUUCUCAUUUUUUACCUUUGGUACCUUAAAGAGUGUGGGACUUGCCCAAGCGCCUACCCUGCUUGGGAAGCCUUGCUUAGAUAAUCCUGAUGUCUUAGUUUUGAAAACUCAUGUAAAUUUGCUGUGUGGUGGCAUAGCUGGAGCAAUAGCACAGACAAUAUCAUAUCCUCUUGAUGUAACACGUAGACGAAUGCAGUUGGGAGCAAUACUUCCGGAGUCCGAAAAGUGCCUUACAAUGGUACAGACACUGAAGUAUGUUUAUGGAAAUCAUGGAAUACGAAGAGGAUUAUAUCGAGGAUUAUCCCUGAAUUAUAUUCGGUGUAUUCCUUCACAGGCUGUUGCCUUCACCACGUAUGAAUUUAUGAAGCAGUUCUUGCACCUCAAUUAGACUCUUAAAUUUUAUUGAAAAACAAUUAUUGUUUUUGUAUUGUAUUUAUCUGUGAAAAUUCCCAUGGGAAUCACUGGUUCUUAUAGUGCUUUCUUUACGAGAAGAAGUAUAGAAUGUAAAUGCGACAGAAGUUGAAUAAGUUCUUUGUUAUGCGUACAUACAAUGUGGAAGGUUACCGAUGGAAAUAAAAAUAAAUUGGGGAACUUACUUUGAAAAGUAAAUCAAUUUUAGGAGUUCCAAAUGAUUAUUAAAAAAAAUCCAUUUCAAUAGGUUUGCUUUCAUUUUUUUAAAUUGGAGAGUUUAAGUAUCUGCUUUUCUAAAGAGUUGACAAUAUACAUUAACUAAAACAUAAGAGUAAUUGUAGAUCCGCUUGGAAACCCAUUUCACUGAAUUCACUUUGACUUGCUUUCAUGCAAUUAAGUUUAAGGUUCUGCUGUAGUACUGCAGUCAACAAGCCAAUUACUUCAGAAUUUAUUAAUGUAAUCUCAUUCAUGAAUUACAGUCCCUUCAUUUUAUUUUCAGAUUUUCUAGUAGCUAGAAAGUAUAUAAUUUCACGAUUUAUUUCCACGAUACAGAUCUGCCUGAGUGGGAACUCAAAAGUGGUGCUCGGUUUCUUUCAAGGGGUUUGCAAUACUUAUUUUUUGUCUUUGAACUAUUCAUAAUGCUGCUUUACAAACUUCUGUUAGCGGUUGGAGUAGAUGUGGUAUAGAAGAUCAUGUGAUGUUUUGGGGGUUGCUUUUAAAAUUGGGAAAGUGGUGCUCUAGGAGGCUUUGUUUAGGCCUUUCCUGCAGUUUAUCCCCCCCUUGUCCCACAAUAAAGCCGAUGCAAGCUUCAUGGGAUGCAGGAGAAUAAGAAACAGCAUCUCCGAACUUCAAAUCAGCCACAUGGAGUUCUUGGAUAUAAAGCAAACAUAGGUGAUUGUUGUCAUGCACCUCCCAUUUCAUUUCUACUUUGCCCCUAAAACACUUUUACAUUAAGCUCGGGGAACUGUUUUCAAAAAAGUAAGUCUAAAGCCUUAUUGGACUCCUGGAAUUCCAUGACCUUUUGGAUACUGGAUCUUACUUUUCUAUAUGACAUACCUCCCCAUUCUAGUCAUGCCUACUCAGAAGUAAGUCCCACUGAAUUCAGUGGAGCUCUCAGGUAAACGGAUACAGGCAGUAUCCUAAAGAAGCUUAUCUUAUUAAUCCAGCACAGUUGAAACACUCUAAACCCUUUCAUCCCAUUUCUGACUUCUCUCUGAUGUGCCUGUAUCACCUGACCGCUAUGCUUUCCAUGUGUUGGAGGGGGAACUUUUACAGUGUGGCAGCUUCCUGAUGUAUAUAUUCACCCUCCAAUGCAUAGAAGGUGGAGAGUCGGGGGGAGGGAACAUGCGGGGGGAAGAGGUACAGUCCUACUCUCCCCUCUCACAAACAUGAGCAGUUGCACAAAUGUUAUGUGAUUGAUUGAUUGAUUAAUUAGGAAACACAUUUAAAAUGCGUUUUAACUUGUUUUAAGCUGCUGUUGAUUUGGAUUUGAUUUAUAUGAUUCAGUACUUAUACAGUGGUAGGGGGCAUGAGGAAACAGAAAUGAACUUUAUGGGUCCAAUAUUAAAAGUACACAAGGCUAUUGAAAGUUGAGGUUAUCCUACAAUUUACAGGAGUCUUCACAAAGCUGGGGCUGAUGGGAGUUGUAGUUGGCACCAGGUUGGUUAAGGUUGAUUGAUAGCACUUCAUCUAAUAUGAGUAAGCAGGGUCCUAUCCUCGCAUGGGUUUUGUUUUGGUCAGAUUGAGAGCAUCUAAAACAUUUUUCAUAUGGAUCAAGAUGCGCACACUUCUGCUGGAAGGUUAAUUAAUACUUUUACUACAAGGCCACCUUUCUGAAACAAGCAGGAAUUUGCAGCUUUAACUACUUGCUGCGUUUCCCCCAUGCAGCCUGUAUUACAGAGCUGAAGAACCUGUUCUUCUCCUGAUGUUGUUCGACUCCAACUCCAGUAAAAACAGUGAUCCGGGAUGAAAGUUGUAGUCAAGAGUUCUAGAGGGCCAUAGGUUCCCCUUCCUUGCUGUACACUGCAGUAUAUUCUACUGCACUGAGUGAUUUUCUUCUUCUGUGCCUUCUAUUAUGGCUUCUCUGGUAAUAGGAUGCAACUUAUUCACUUAUCUCUCAACGUUGAAAAAAGUCGCAACCAACAGUGGGAACUUGGGCUUUUCAGUAAAGUUCUAGCCACAUUGCAUGACAUGGGGGUGGUACAUCCUAUUUUGCUGCUUGAGGCUGUCUGUGCCAUACACACCCCACACUGGUGCAGAAGCAUCAGUGCUGAUUUCCUGUAAGAUUUUGCAAUGCUGGCGUUGCUUCUCCCCCAGUGGUGGAGGUGGCGGGGCUUCUGCAAGGGUGCCACCCUGGGGGCUUCCACCCCAAGGUGGCAGCAUCACCCUACCUAAUGGCUGGCCUGGCCUGAGAUUACAGCUUUGCUGUCCACUGUUGGUUUGGCUAUGUCUUUUUUUUCAAGAGGACCUGCCCACUUUUUGCAACAAAUCCUACUUAUUUUGCCUAUUGGUUUUAUGGAUAGGUCAGUUUUAGGAGGCCUGGAUAAGUGUCUUCCCUUUCAAUAGCAGCCUUCCAAUUUCACCUUCCUAUUACUAGGAACAAUUUGUGUGUCUUGGUUAUUUUUUAAAAAUGGGUUUAUUUGAUUAAGAGUGUCUGAUUUUGCCAAACUUAAAUGCUAAAGCUAUUGCAACACUUCUCAAAAUGUUUUAUGUAAAGCAAUAUAAUUUAUUUUUUUGUAAAUAUUGUAUAUGGAGUAUGAAACUGGUAAGAGCUAUGUUACCAAAUCUAGCAGCAGCUGUAAAAAUCGCUUUUAGUAAUAGUCCAUAGCUGGGAUAUAACAAGUUCUGUGGUUUGGUUUUUUUUUAUAAUUGAAAUAUAUGUCUUUUGAUAUUUGAUAUUAUUGUCCAAGAGACGUAUGUAUUUUAUUUUACACUGAAAUGUCUUGAAUAGCAACAUGACUAAGUAUACCAGCCAAUAUAAAAGCAUGUGUUUGGAAUUUUAUAUUUUUUCUGUUUUAUGCAAUUUAAAAUGUUUGAUGAAACAAUAUUAAAGUGACUACAGUUAA